AUGGCGCGGGCUGGAGCGCGGCGGACAGCGGCCGUGGGCUUAGCGUUGCGGCUGCUGCUAGGCCUCGGGCUGGGGCUGGAGGCCGCCCCGACCCCGGCCCGCAUCCCAAUUCCGACCCUGGCUGGGCCUUCGGCUCAAGCCUUAGACCCCAGCACAGGAUCAUGCUCGCCCACCAGCUUCCAGUGCCGCACCGUUGGCUACUGCGUGCCCUUCACCUGGCGCUGCGACAGUGAUCAAGACUGCCCUGAUGGCAGCGAUGAGGAUGAAUGCAGCAUCGAGCCGUGUGCCAAGGACGGGCGGUGUCCUCCACCCACUGGCUGUCCGGGUGGCCAGGGUAAGAGCCCUCACAACUGCAGCCCCCGGCCCUGCGCGGCGGGUGAGCUGCGUUGCCCGCUGAGCGGUGUUUGUAUCCCACGCACGUGGCGCUGUGACGGCCACCCGGACUGCCCUGAUGCUGAUGACGAGCAAGGCUGCGGGACAACCGAGACCCUCCAGGGAGGGAAUGUCACAUCCACGGCGACUCCUGUGACCAUGGAGAGUGUCCCCUAUGUCAGCAAUGCCGGGAACCAGGGAAACCAGGACUCGGGCCAGUCUGAAAACCAGAGUGCCCUAGGGGUCAUCGCAUCAGCUGCGGUGCUGAGUGCAGCCCUGGCCGCCGCUGCCCUCCUGGCACUGUGCCAGCUCAUAGGCCCGGGCCGCUUUUUCAAGGAGCCCCGGCUGCAGUCGGAGGACAAGGCCUUCCUGCUUUGA